AUGACUUUUAAGAAAAGCAAACCUCUAAGGAUUGAGCUCUCCUCGUUGCGUAGUCAAAGCAGCGGCGACGGUUUUAACAGGAGCCUCUCUGAAGCCUACCCCGUUCUUCUCAAGCGACCCUCUGGAUCCGUCCUCAAGGAUAUGGUUAGGGAAUGCAUUCCUUUAGCAAUUGCGCAAGCUGGCGCAUAUAUCUCGAAUCGUUCACCUCGGAUGACCGUAUCGUCUUACUUAGAGCUGUUUCAACAAAGUGAGACCAACCAAGAGCAUCUUCUAAAUUAUGACGAAGCUCAUGAUCUUCGACGAGAUCAAAGCGGCCGAUACCCGGUCAUCAUGACAUGGCAGAUCUCAUUUGAUCAGAUCCACCACAUAUACCCGAAAGCCACAGAUCUGCUGGCUUUGAUGAGUAUGUUUGACCGACAGGGAAUUCCAGAAGAGCUGGUUAGCGAAGGGAUAGAUCAAUUACAAUUCGAGGAUACAAUGGCUCUAUUAAUAAGCUUUUCUCUCAUCCAAGUCGAGAUCGGCGGACGGUUGUUUGAAUUGCACCGGCUAGUGCAAUUGUCAGUUCAACAGUGGCUGAAGAAACAAGGCUGGCUUUAUCAGUUGGUCAAACAAAGUUUACGAGUGAUGGAAGCUGUAUUUCCCAGUGGAGAUUAUCAAACGUCGGCAUCUUUCCAUAUGCUCCUUCCACAUUUUAAAGAGAUGAUUUAUUUCACUAAGAAAUUAGAUGACAACGAUCAAUUGAACAUGGCAAGUAUUGCCAGUCGGUGUGGCUGGCAUCUUUAUCUUAUGGGAAAGUAUGAGGAGGCGGAGGCCAUUCAUCGACGAGCAGUUACAAUUCACGAGAAAGUGUUAGGCGCUGAACAUCCUGACACACUGGUCAGUGUCAGUCAUCUAGGCUCAGUGCUUCAAAGUCAAGGACAAUAUGAGGAAGCAGAGGUUAUGCAUCGACGAGCAUUCGCUAGCAGAGAGAAAGUCCUAGGCACUGAACAUCCUGACACACUAGCCAGUAUCAGUCAUCUAAACUCGGUGCUUUACAGGCAGGGAAAAUGUGAAGAAGCGAAAGCCAUGCAUUGA